AUGUUUUCAUCAUCAUCGUCAUCUCGACCUUCAAAAGAGCCAUUACUAUUUGACAUUAGACUCAGAAGUUUGGACAAUGAUGUUUUGCUAAUAAAAGGUCCUCCUGAUGAGGCAUCUUCUGUCCUGCUAUCUGGUACAAUUGUAUUGUCUAUUACGGAGCCAAUUCAAAUCAAGUCAUUGGCUUUACGACUUUUUGGUAGGUUGAGACUUAAUAUUCCAACGGUUUUACAAACUGUUCAUGGUCCACAUAAACGAUACUCAAAGUUUGAGAGAAACAUAUAUUCUCAUUUUUGGGAUGAUUUCAAUAUAAAAAGUUAUUUCCAAAACUUGUAUGAUAAUCAUAAUAAUGGUAAAAUGACUAUUUCUAGUAAAUCCUCAACAAAUUUAGCAGCAUUGCCCAUAAGGAAAAGAUCCCUUUCUACUGCAUCGUUGAUAUCUAGUAAUGGCCAGACAAGUACAAGCAAAAACUAUCACACCUUAGUAAAAGGUAACUACGAGUUUCCUUUCAGUGCAAUCAUUCCUGGUUCGUUAUUGGAGAGUGUUGAAGGUCUACCAAAUGCUGCCGUCACUUAUACUCUAGAGGCUACCAUCGAAAGACCUAAGCAACCCGACUUAAUCUGUAAAAAACAUCUAAGGGUUAUUAGAACACUAGCUACGGAUGCAGUUGAGUUAUCAGAAACCGUAUCAGUAGAUAACUCCUGGCCUGAAAAAGUCGAUUAUACAAUAUCUAUUCCAUCCAAGGCGAUUGCUAUCGGUUCUUCCGCCAUGAUAAAUAUCUUAAUUGUUCCUGUAUUAAAAGGACUAAAACUAGGUCCCAUCAGAAUUAGUUUAAUGGAAAGUUCUCAGUACUGUGGUAGCUUUGGAGGAAUUAUUAGCCAAGAAAGAGUAGUGGCCAAGCUAAAACUGAGAGAUCCUUUGAAACAUGUUGCUCAAAUAAAAAAGAGGAGGAGCCUAAAUGAAGGUGCAGACGGGGGAAUUGAUACAGAUAUAGGUGAAUUUCAAGAUAAAUGGGAAGUUCAAGCUCUAUUAAACAUACCUGCAAGCUUGACUAAAUGUUCUCAAGACUGCCGCAUUUUAUCUAAUAUUAAAGUUCGCCACAAAAUAAAGUUUACUAUAAGUUUACUCAAUCCAGACGGCCAUAUAUCUGAAUUGCGCGCGGCACUACCAGUUCAAUUAUUCAUUUCACCGUUCGUUCCAGUUAACGUAAAGACUUCCGAUGUCAUCGAAAGAACUCUCAGUACGUUUGGCCCUUCAUAUAAAGUAUCAUCCCAACAUGAUAAUUCUUUCAGCAACAAGAGCUUCACAAAUGACACUGAGGAAGACGUAAUUUUUCAAAGAUCUGUAUCCGCGUUACAAUUGUCUUCAAUGCCAACUAUAGUGUCUGGAUCCAUUUUAAACAUCAAUAACACUGAUGCGGAAGCUUCUACAGCUACUGAUGCGACUAUGGUAACUAGUUUAAUGGUACCUCCCAACUAUGGCAAUCACAUCUAUGAUCGCGUGUAUGGUGAGGUCACUAAUCAAGAUGAAACUUCAACACCGGCACCUAUAGCCGCCAUUGAAUCACAGGCUCUUCACGAUAUUCAAAACUUGUAUAUAUCUGAUAGCAAUAAUAGCAACAACAGCAACAAACAGUUUUUGGCACCAAAUCCUCAAAUCAAGAUUGAAGGUGACAGGUUAAAUAAUUGUGAAUCCCGAGGGGACAGCGUUAACAAUAGUAGCUUGAAUUUGGUUAAUAAUUACUCGACAGUUGGUGACAGUGGAAACAGCAACAGUACCUACGGAAAUAGAUACAAUCCCAACAUUAAUGCUGGGCUGAAUAGUCCUUCGCUAACACCAAGUUUCGCGCAUUUGUCAAGGCGGAACUCUUACAGUCGCCAAACUUCUUCUACCUCCUUGAAGAACGAAUUAGAAUUGACAGAUUUGAGCAGAGUUCCCUCAUACGAUAAAGCCAUGAAAUUUGACAUGAUUGGCGAGGAUCUUCCUCCAGCUUAUCCAGAAGAAGAAGUCGACAUUCAAGAAAACAAAAAGACUGAGCUAGAAAGACCACAAAUACUUCAUCAUAAGUCUACGUCGUCUUUGUUGCCCCUUCCGGGCUCAAGCAAGAGUUCUAAUAACGUGAAAAGCUCGUCAAGCAGGACAUACUUAUCCCACUCUCCAUUGCCAAAAAAUAAAAAUGGAUCCUCGGUAUCUCUACAGCAAUUGACGAGAAGCAACACAGAUAGCUCCUUCAAUCUAAAUCUUUCUUUCACAUCAACGAAAAAUGGUUCAGGAAGCAGACACUUUCCGUUUAAUAUGACACCAUCGUUGGCGAAUAAUUCAGGUACCAAAAACAACUCGUUUAUUGAUAAAACUGAGCCUAAACAAAAAGCAGAAGAUAACUCUAUGAACCCAACUGACACGCGAAGAUCACGUUCUUCAUCUUUUCGUAGCAAUAACAGCAACUCACCAUUAAGACAAGGAACAGGUUCAUUUGCUAAUUUAAUGGAGAUGUUCACGAAACGGGAUCGCUCAUAG